AUGUUUGCCAGAUCACUUAGACUCGUUUCACACAACUCUGCAAGAUGCAUCAACAUCAGCAAACCAUCAUAUACUCCAGCUGUUUACAACUGUGCAAAUAGCUACAUCAACAACAGAUCCUUUUCUACAGAUGUAAAGGUUGAUGUCCUCCCACCAACACCAGGCAAAUUACACUCUGCUCAAGUCGAAGAAGUCGUUUCAAAGAUUGAAAAGUUAAGUUUAUUAGAGGUUAUUGAAUUGACUCAAUUGCUUCAAACCAGAUUAGGUAUUCCAGAUAUUGAUAUGAGCAACCUUGGAGGAGGUGGUGCACCAGCCGCUGCCGCUGCCCCAGCUGCCGCCGCCGCUCCACCAAAAUCAGAAUUCCAAGUUCGUUUGGUCAAGGUUCCAGAAGGAGCCAAAUACAAGAUUAUUAAGGAAUUGAGAGAGAUUAAGCCAUCUCUCAGUUUGAUGGAAACCAAGGGAUUGGUUGAAAAAUUACCAUCAGUCAUUGCCGAAAAAGUAUCAAAGGAAGAAGCCGAUAAGAUUUGCGCCAAGAUCAAGGCUGCAGGUGCUGAAGCUGAAGCCAACUAA